AUGGAGAGUCUAUUGGAGUCAGUACAGGAGACUAAUGCAGGGUUGAAGAGCAAGAGAGAUUUCUUGGAGGAGCAGCGGGAACAAUAUGUAAAUAUUCGUCAACAUUUGAUAGAGUUACCGUCUCGACAAACUACUGAAGCUGAGAUUUCGAGCAAUAAAGGUCAAGUUACCGGAUUAGUACUUGGAGAUGUAAUCAUAUCAAAAAUGACCAAUGAAAUGGAAGGUAUAGAAAGCUACAGGCUUUUUGUUAAUAUUGGCUGUGAAUACUAUGUGGAAAAAGAUAAAAUAUAUACCACGAGAUACAUUGAAGAAAAAAUUUCCUUGAUCGAGGAUGCUAUUUCCAAGUUCAAUGAGAAAAUUCAAGAAGCUAAUACAACAGAAAAACAUCUAAAGGAGGCCAUUGCUUUUGAAAAGAAAGAGAAUGACCAAAAAUUUAUACACUCAAAACAGGAAACCAGCAGCAUAGGUUAUAAUGAAGAUACUGAUGACAUAUAUGAACCAAUGGAAAUCCGUGAGGAAUUGGAUGAAGAAGGAAAUGUUAUAUCAGGAACUGUUACACCGGCUGCGACCGAUAAGCAAGCUAGUGAAAUUAGAGAUAAAUUAUUAGAUGUUGGCAACGCCCAGAACAUUAAAAAACUACCAAAUAAUAGAAUAGAAGAGAUAUCCGAAGAUAACUCUGACAACCAAACAGAUAAAGACAGCGACUUUUACAAUAACUUGAAAGGUAAACUAGUUCAUACUGGAAGCUUGAAUAGUAGUAAGCAGGAGAAAGUCAUCAAUGAAAAAUCCUCUGAUGAAGUACCUAAUAAACAGCAUACGCAAAGGAUAAGUACGGAUGAGAUAUAUUCUUUCGCUGAUCUAGUAGAACAAUUAGAUAAGGAUGAUAUAGAAGAAGGUGAUAAUUCUCUAAAUGAACUAGAUUUUGAUGAAAAAGCCAUGGACAGCUGGGAAAUUAAUGGUGAUAGUCCAGAGAACUAUGAAGACGAUGAAGAUGAAGGUUAUUAUUAUGAUGAAGAUGAAGAGGAAGAUGAAGAAGAAGAUGGAGAUAUGUCUUAUUCAGGCUUCGGAGUUGCUGCAUCUGUAUUACCUACUAAUGCCAGAUCCAGCUUCAUGGACCAAAUCAUGAAACUGAGAGGUUUGAAAGAUGACACAGCUGCUGAUACCGAUAAAUCGUCCUCUAUCAAGAAGAGUGCUAUCCAAUCUAAUGAUGAUACGAAUUCAAAUCGACAAUUAUCAGGUACAAAACACCAUCAAACAGCAGUAACUAAAUCAAUAUUAAAGAAGGGAGGCAAGCAAAAGGCGAAAAAGAAUGUUGGGUUCUCAAAAGAUUUGCAAAUACAUGAAGUGGAAAGUUUUAAAAUGGAAAACAAGAAACAAAGGCAUGUGUUCAACCCUGCUAAUUUGUUUGACCCCGAAUCAUAUGGUGCUGAAACAGAAGAGAAAUUAGAUGACCCAAGCAGUACAGCGGAUUUUGAUAGUGAUUUGUUUGCCGAGCUAAUUGGAGCAAAAGAAGCUGAUGUAUUGCAUGAGAAAUACGAGGAAGAGAUAAAUGAAAACAAUAGAAAACAACAAGAAGAAAAGAAAGCCAAUAGAGUUUCCCGCUUUAAGGCUACCCGACAAAGUAAAAGCAAAACUUCUUUCAAGACUGCUGAAACAGGUGAUACAACAAAUGUAAACAAACCAACUGAAUACACAAAAAAAGAUCUCUUGGAAAGUUAUCACGCAGAAAGUAUCUCACCCAGUACCAAAAAACAUUCCUCCAUUACAGCUUCUAAUUAUAAUAAGCAUGAUUCUGGCUAUGUCCCAAAAAAAGCUAGUCCAGAUAAGGCAGUAAUACAAGAAGUUGAGGAUGAGGUAGUUGAGAGAGCAGUUGAGGAUGAGGUAGUUGAGAGAGCAGUUGAGGAUGAGGUAGUUGAGAGAGCAGUUGAGGAUGAGAUAGUUGAGAGGGUAGUUGAGGAUGAGGUAGUUGAGAGGGUAGUUGAGGAUGAGGUAGUUGAGAGGGUAGUUGAGGAUGAGGUAGUUGAGAGGGCAGUUGAGGAUGAGGUAUUUGAGAGAACAGUUGAGGAUGAGGUAGUUGAGAGAGCAGUUGAUGAACAGAUAGUAAAUGAAUCAAUCUCUUUGGAUGAUGACAACGCACCAGCUAAUUCCCAAAAUACUAAAGAGAGGAAAGUUCCUGUUAUUCCCAAAGAACUUUCUCGCUACAUUGAGAAAGGUGAAGGUGGAGACAAAUUUCCGAAAGCCAAGAUUGACUAUCAAUCUCUAAAUGAAAAUCUAGACGAUAUGGCAAUGGCAUACUCAAUGGGAUUAUAUGAUGAUGAUGUAGAUGAUCCUGGCGUAGUAUUAGAACACCUAAAUGAUUUCAAGCAGUACAACGAGCAAGUUAAAGAACUGGAAAGUGAGAUAGCAGAGUUUAAAAUAAAUAACCCGAUGCUCUCAGAAGAUAAUGAAGAAGACGAUGAUGGGCCUAUAAUGACUGAUAUCCAGGAGAAAGACAUACCGGAAAGUUAUGGCCAAGAUGACAAUGGAGAUGAUUACUCAUUGAGUCAAGAUCAACUGGCGCAAUCAGUAGCCAUAGAGUAUAGGAAUAUGAAAGAGAAACUUGUGAACAAGAUGAGAUCAGACGUGUCUGCCAUAGAUCCUCAAACGGAAGAGAUGAAACAGAUAGAACCCAUCGAUGAACACGGAAACCCUGUGAAACAAAGUAGAUUCAGAUCACAGAGAAAGGCCAUUGAUAAGCUGAUAAGAUAA